CUUCAUGUGAGUUUAGCGUCAAUUUCAGGUCAAUGAUCUGUUUUUUUCGCAUCAACCAUUUGUAUUUUGAACCUCAUUGUUGUACUGUCUAUCAAUCAAGAGAUGGAACUGAAUUGUAUAAUCUUAUAAAACAACUUCCAAUUCUCACUUUCCUUUUAUCUGUCAGAUUCAUACACAAACUUCAAGUCAAGCAACACUGGAGACACGACCCAUGAAACAAGACUCAUUGUUGGCUGGCGUUACAUCAUCAUCAUUAACAUAAAUGGCUUUAGCAUCUAAGCCAGCGCCGCUGCUUAUCCGCAAGCAAGCGGGCAAACUACUGCGAUGCUCAUUUGCUCCGCAGCCCCGCGGAAUAUCUAGCAUAUGUACUAGUCGUCUACAUACCACAUCACCUCGUGCUGCUGUACGCACUCCACAACCUGCCGCCCCGACAAGGCGGCCACAUGUUGCAAGUUCACAAAGCGGUCCUCUUUGCCUGCAAUCUCGGUCUCGUCAUGCUCAAACUAGACCUAAGAAAAAGAGCGAAGGGCCCGAUACCCUCGAUAGGGACUUGAUGUUCACAAGCCAAGAUGUCCCCCUUAGCAAGGAAUGGGAUGAGAAGCGAGAGCGGCUCCUAAAGGAGGGGAUGGAGGCUGAUGCGGUCCGCCUCGAUACUGAAUCAUGCAUCAAAGAGGCCAUGAGAUUUGCGGAUGAAGUUGCAAAGGCUGGGAAUGAUUGGAGGCCUAUCCGGGCAAGAGACCUGAAAUUCUCAGCCAGCAGCCUCUACUACAUGGCGAUGCUUCUCCGAACAGCACCUAUGCAGUCACACAACGCUGGGUUCAUGGCCAAGCAGAUGUUCUUGUCCGCCGGCGAGAUGGGCUACGGUCCCGCCAUUAUCACCAACGCGAGCCUAGUUCUAAACGACGUCUCAAGGCGCCCCAAGCCGCAACUGCCGCCGAGGAACAAGGCUAUCGAUUUUUGGAGCAUCAUGGACCGCUUCACGAGGUACGCGCGGAGCGCCAAGCAGGACCCAAACAUUAUGACCUUGUCCGGCAUCCUGGCCAUGUACCAAGGCGACAAUGCAAAAGCAACCAAGCUCCUGCUGGCAGCGGAGCAGGCGGGAAGGACACAGGCGGCACGUCAAGGCGAUCGUCGACCCCCACCGAGGGCCGAGGCCGACUCGCCGGCGAAGCCGGGGGCGAUUCGCGUCCACUCGAGGAAGCGCCUGCCAAGAUGGGACCUCGAAGUUAGAACCCUGCUCGUGCUAGGCACGCUGCUUGAAAAUAGCGGCCAAAGAGAUGCCGCCAUCACAGCGUUCUCGACGGCCGCCAACGAGCUACAAGUCCCCGAGGCCCACUACCACCUGGCACUCCUCCUCUCCCCCGAUGACCCUGAGAGGGAGGAACACCUGUCCGUCGCUGCCCUGUCGGGGGUCGAGGGCGCAUUUGUCCCGUUGGCCGAGAUGGAGGGGAAAAAGGCUGUAGCUGCAAAGGCGGCUGGAUCUCGGGAAAAGUCCGCGCACCACAGGGCCAUGGCCCAGCAGUGGUUGGAUUUAGCCCUACAUGCUCUUGAUACCGGUAAAUGAACAGUGAGGAGGGAGAAGAAAAUUUUGGAAGAAGAAAGGCGGGAAUCCGACGGAUUCUUUUUUUUCCCUUUACUCCGUACUACAUACCGUCUAAGUCUUCCUUCACUCAGGAGGUGGAUAAAAAUGGCUUGAGGAAGUAAAGGGCGUGGAUCGUCACUGGGAGGAAUUCGGUGGGGGAAAAAAAAACGCCCCCUUAUCACGGGUUGUCUUGUUUGGGCGCUCAUGCUCGGUCGGCUCCGCCCUCCGAUGAGCUCGAAAAGGCGGCAAACCUACUUGUAAGCAUACUCCGUAUAGAGAAAGAAGUAAUCAAGCAAUGGGAGAGACCGAAAAAAGCCCCCUAUGGAGACGGAAUACAUGAUGUCUGUCGAUCCCCUGGCAUAUGCACCCCUUGGUCACACCCCCUUUUUCC